GAGUGCUAGAGGCAUCAGCAGGGAUAAACUCGCGCUCGACACUGGGCCUCGGGCUCGUGUUGGUUGGCUCUGGGUUUUCAAUUCCAGUCUUCGACCUUCUUCUCGACCGCUUUGGCGCAGACCCGUCCGUCUUGCCCGCUUUUCCUUUCCGAGGUGGCAUAACAACAACGUUGUGGAGCGAUGGCGGUACUUACUCACAUGACCGAUUAUGUAAUCCGAAUCCUUUGUAUCCUCGCGUUCGUCACUUGCAGGGAAGCUUCACUUGCAACCGUUACAUCUCUCAGUCUUCGUGUCCCCUCUUCUGAGUUGUCUUUGAAGUUCUGGAAGCAGUUUUGGGCUUUGGGAUGGCGACUUCUCCUUAUCCUCACUAUGCGUGGGCCCUCGGACAUUUCGAAGUCCUUCUGGCGGCAUUUUGGUAUUUCAAAGCCUAUGUUACGUUCAAAUCAGCCGGCUACGUGUGGUAUUAUAAAGCAUCAUUCCUCGGUGCCAUUGUCAGUUAUGCCAUUGUUUGCUACAAAUCUCUCGGACCUAUCAGGCCCGACAGAUAUUAUAUACAGCGUGCACUUGCUGACGAGAAUGUCCAAUACUUUGUGAUGGCCUUGCUAUGGUGGUCUUCGAAGCCUCUGCCACUGGCCCUCGUCCCGUACUUCGUAUUUUCAUUGUUCCAUACCUUGACGUUCGUGCGGACAAAUAUCGUGCCGCUUGUAUUCCCACCUCAACAGCCUGCUGGCGCUAAUGGCAGUGCCUCUCCGGCAUCCUCCCAGUCACCAAUCGCCAAGACUAUUCAAACAUGGGUCAAGAACAACUAUGAUGCUGCCAUGGCCAUUGUUGCCCGUAUCGAACUCCUUAUUCUCCUUCGUGCCAUUAUCGGGAUUGUCACUCUCCAAAAUUCGCUCCUCAUUCCUAUCGCCUACGCGCAUUUCCUACGUUCGCGCUACUACUAUUCCCCAUUCACUCGGAGUGCCGUUCAUUCGGCCACUAUCCUCAUAGAGUUCUACGUGAAUAAGGAGCAGACACCUCCCUUCAUUAAGAAGGCGUAUGGAAAUACCAAGGAGUUCGUUAUCAGGUGGGCCUCGACCCGUUUGGAGCCUCAACCAGCUGGGCAAAGGAGGUGAGCCAAGUAGUAACGCUGUCGCGCGUUGUUGGAGGAAAGAGUCUGCCUCGCUUUUGCGAAUUUGGCUUCAUUGUGCACUCAGAGUCCUCCCUGCGACAUGUCGCUCCUAUUUGUCUAAUAUAUCUAUAUCUUUCUUUGAGCAUCGAGCCUUUGACUGCGCUGGUAGCUGGUAGAAAUGGUAGGCAGGGUCCUAGCCUCUAUAGUAAUGUUUUAGCAUAUGAAGAAUCUGGUUGCAC